UACACAUGUAUUUUUUGUAUUUGUUUAUUUGCUUGAAAUUAUCACUAAACUUGAGUUAAUUUUAACUUUACUGGAAUCUGUGUCUCAUUGAAAAGAAUACCAUUUAUAUUAGUACAAGAGUUCAUCUGAGUCUAAGUUACAGUUACAUCCAAGAGAAUGAAGUGUGAGAUCGAAGGCCCAUUCGACCUCUGAGGGUUUUUAUCUCCCACAUUUAUUUUGCGAGCCCGAGCCCAGGGGGCGGCAUAGUGGGUCUGGAGACCUGGACAACACGGCUGUAGCACAGAGCAAACGGUGGCCACAAAAUAUAAAGGUAAGCAGAGCCAUGUACUAAAGUCUGCAAAUACUGGUUGGAUCUGAGCUCCGUGUGUGUUCACCCAGAUCACAGGUAAUACAGGACCUCUCCUCAAAAGAAUAUAGAAAUUAUGAUGUUCUGUACAUACUGUAUGUCUUGCAUGUCUUGUUAAAUGUUCUGGUGCAUGUUUGCAUAUGAUCAUUUUGAGUAAAUGAAUGAGCUGGUAAAAGACGUCUAUGAUACUGCGUUUCUGUGUUGAGGAACGGCCUGAAUGGAUGGAUCAUCCUAAACAAAAAGGCUGCUUGGAUAGGGGAAUAAAUCUUUAUCUAUGGAUACCACUCCUACUCUAUCUAUUCCAUCUACUUUGACAGAGGAGGGCUGCACAGAUAGAUAGUGAGAUAAGACAGUUAUCAAUGGAUACCACUGCUACUUUAUCUAUACCAUCUACUAAAACAGGAGGGCUGCACGGAUAGAUGAUUAUAUAACUGGUCAGAGGAGUGAUUGUGUGUGUAAAUGUAACUGUUAACCAAAAUGUAAUACAUUGUACUGUAUAUUUCUAGUAACUGUCAUUUUAGAGUAAUUAGUUAUAUUACAAUAUUACUGUCUCUGAAUUGUAAUGCUUUACACUACUUUUGUGUUACUUUUGAGUUACUUUAAUUGCUAUUUAAUGGGCGCAUUAUUCUAGUAAGAUCUGCCUGCAUAUAUGGAUUCUAGUGAUGUGCUGUUCUGAUCUGCGGAUGUCAAUGUCUUUAAUUCACCAAAGCAGAUUGGGAAGUGUCAGAAAUAUUCAACUGACUGACAGCAGCCUCUCUAAUCAUCAAAGCAAACCGUUAAAGAAUGGUAGGCUAUAUCAAUAUAACACACAAGAAAUAAUUCGCCUGGAAAGCUGCAGGGACUGGUAGAGGUGGGGUAAAAUGCCCAUGAAGGUGCUGGUCUAAAUUUGAUAAAAUAAUUAGUUGGUGUGGGGCGGGUAGAUGAUUUAGGCCAUGCAUAUAGGCCUAUAUGAGUUCCGUUAUUAAUGUCCAAGCUGAUCCGCGCAUCACACCAAUUCAGCUGCUAUAAUUGUGACAAAACAGUGCACUCAGCUGCUGAAGUAAAAUUAUUAGGCUGUAACAUCAACCAGAGCAUUCAGAUCUGCUCUGUUUCAUGUUAUAAUAAUAGUGCCCAUGCAGUCUGCACAUGUCAUUCCAACUGUAGAGACCUGUGAUGACAGUUUUAAUUGGGGCAAUAAGAGAUAAAUGUUACUGUCAUUUUGUAAAGAGACUGAUGAUGAAACACUCAUCUCAUCAAACUGAGGGCUGAAAUGAACUCCUGUUUACAGUCAAAAGGCACACCCAAAAAAAGUAGUAGCUUACUGUGUAGACUGGUGAAUGAUUAGGCUGCUGUAAUCUGACGGUUUUCAACAGAUGCUAUAAUGUUUAUUGGAACCUUGAGAUGUUUCUACGUGUUAGAAUGUUGACAGACAUGUUUCUGGAUUGUGAAGAAAUGAUCUGUAGCCUUUAGUGCCAAAAGCUGCUCUGCUGCUCUGACAGAGAUCACAGCUCAAACAGUGGACAGAUGAUGCAGCUGUGCAACAUGCCAUAUUUAAUUGACUUUGCUUUAAAAUGACGGCUGCAAGGAAAGGACAUAUCGUUAAAUGCCUGUUUCCUUGACUCCUCGCUCCUCGCAUUUCCUCCUCGACAAUCGAGGAGUCGAGAAGGCAGAAAUUUGGGAAAUGAGAAAGGCCCCAGGACAUGGUACAAGGCUUAACACAAUUUCAUAGGCUACUGGGAUCUGAUCCAGUAGAAGUGACGUAAUGAGAACACUUUUGGGAUAGAUAAAUUGAGGAUAGGUGUCUGAGUAUCCGCUGUCAUUAAAGAAAGAGUUCAAACGAUUACUUACUUAAACAAACCCUGAACCCAGAGACUAUUGACAUUCCUCCUGAUAAGUAACUCAGUUCCUUUCAUCCUGUAAUAUACAGGUUUUUAAAUGAUGAUUCAGUUAUUUCAGUUACCUAGUAGAGUUGUGUACCAUUGGAUCAUAGUUUAAGACAUUGAAAAUAGAACAUUUCAUCACUGAAAAAUAUUUAAUUGAUCAAAUAAGAGGAGUUAGGGUUAUAGCUAUGAUGUGGUUAAGUAAAUUCCAUUUUUUUAUAACAGCAAAAAUCCUUUUGUCCAAUCUGUAGUCAUAUUUUCAAAACUCUAAACACAGUCCAUUUUUCUUAGAUCACACAUUAAUAAUUUGCAUUCAUUCAAAUUAUGGUUUUCAGUCAAGUCACUGAUUUCUAUUUGUGGAUCAUGGAAAGGUUUGUGUAUUGUGAAUUUAUUUGUAGAUCGUGUUUAUUUUUAUGGAUCAUGAAGAGGUAGUUUGAGGAUUUUAGAUUCACUUUGUGGAUAAUUUUUUGUGUUUACAAAUUGUGAUAUAUAUUUGUGACUCAGUAUGUGCAUUUACAAUGAUACUGACUUUGAUUUACUCCCAUAGUUGAAGGUUAAAGAUGCAUAGCAAAUUAGCAGACAAGCAGUCAUAAACGUUUUUAUAGAAGCUAGUAUGCAAUGGUUCAAGGUCACAUGCUGAAAAUCUCAUUGUAUCCUCUUUUUUUCUUCCAUUCAUCUUGUUAGCCAGUGGGAAAGUUUCCCAAAAGUGUCUUAUCUUUGUUUCUUUAUUUUACAGUGGAGUGGGAACAUAGUGUGAAAUCAGAUUAGACUGUUAUCUGCAAUCAAAUCACCCAAGAUAAUGGCCAUGACAAACCUUCACACACCCAUUCACUCACCAGGAGCAGUUUACUGUGACCUGAAUGAAUAACAAGUCAGAUGGUGAAAAAAAGAUAAAAGCUGAUGGUACAGAUAAAAACAGAUAAGAUCCCCUCUAAAGAGCUACCAUAAGUAUUUAACUGCCUCCUUCCUCACACUAUGGUACUGAUUUACACGUACACAAAGAAUGACACUAUGCACACACCUUAACACUUUUUGAGACAUGACCAGAAAUGAGAAUCAUUGCAUGAAGCUUUUAAAGGCGUAGCUUAUGUAUGAUUUUAAAAUCAUGCUCAGGAGGUAGCGCGGUCAUCCAUUGAUCACAGGGCUGGCGGUUCCUGAUGGUUGGCCAGCACCCAGGGUGGCAGCUCGCUGCUAUAGGUGUGUGAGUGUGUGCAUGAAUGAGCAGCAAAAACUUUGCAAAGCACUUUCGAUAAAAGGAUGAAAACUACUUUGGAAGCCAAUUAUGGAUCAACUGGGUAAUUCAACUGUUCAUCAUACACAAAAUAUUCUGAGCAGAGUAUUUUUAAAUAUGAUUUGGGGCUUUUGCCUUUAAUUGGAUAGUGCAGCUAAAGAAAGACAUAAAAUGUGGGAGAGGGAGGGGGUGACAUGCAGCAAAGGGCUACUAGUCGGACUAAAACCUAGACCGCUGCGACAAGUUUCUCGGCCAUAUAACAUGGGAUGCAAACUCUUCCUACUGAGCGAGAGCCUGAUUUAUACUUUUGCGUUGAAUCUACGCCGUAGCCCACCCAGUAGCCUGACGUGCACCUCCCAAAAAACUACAUAUCGCGGUGACGAGGACCGCAUGAACUGUGAUUGGUUGGCUUGGUAGCAUCGCAUUUACUCCAAGGCCACAGGAAACGCUCUGUACUUUGAAGUCAGUUUUACUAGCAGCCAAACCAGCAGCUGUAAAACGGUGGAUACAUGUUUUGAUUUUGAUUUGAAAUGACUUGUUUCCCGGUCAGAAUGUGAUCCAGUUGGUUCAAUAACAUUUAAAAAGUACAGUGUAAUUACAGAGCGACACAGAAACCAACGCACAUUUUCGCAUUCACAAGGUUUCCCUGCUCUAUUCACAAUGAACUUGACAAUGAAUUUGCAACAUAGGCUUCUUCAUGUAUUGGAUUAACUGAUGUGUUAUUGUGGCUCAAUGAGCAUCACCAGUUUUUCUUUUCUGCCCUUUCUAAACACUAUCUUGUACUGAACAUGUUGUUUUGCUUGCUGAAUCAAUCUUGGUAACCUUGAUAUUUGUAGCAUUAAAGCACUCAUGUUCCUUUAAAUGAAUCUGAAUGAGCAGAUAUUUUGACUUGUUAAGGUUUGCAGCAAUUGAAAAGGUUAUUUUUUUAGAAGCGUUUGACAUGUCCAUCACAAACUACAGGUUUGACUUAACUGAACUAUAACUUAGCUGGCAUAGUAUUAACAAAAACAUUUGAUGUGUCAUAAAGGUUGUAUAUAUUGCAGGGUAUAAUCUUGGACUGCAAUCAAUUGUACUGAUUAUAUUGUUGCUUUUAUAAUGUCUACUCCAUGUUAUUGCAUACAUCUAAGUCUUAAAAUGUAUCCACAAAAUGCGACUGAUGGGUGGAGUAUUUUGUAAUGGUUUUCAAUGCUCAAAUUGCAUACAAACCAUUAUUUCAUAUAUGCAGCUACAUAGUGGCUUGAGCAGUGUUUAUUUUUUAAUAAUUAUAUAACAUGUAGUUGGUGUUCUAAAGUUGUCCUUUAAUCAUUAUUGUUAAGCAUUUGGUAUUUUAUGGUUGUCCUUUAACGUUAUGGUUAAGCAUUACCCCUUCCAGAUAGAGGCAGACACAAACUCUUCGGUAGGACCCUGGGAAGGUAAGAACAACUCAUUUUUGGGGGAAUUUAUUACAGAAAGAAAUUUAAGAAAAACAGAAUAAUUCAGAUUAUUACAGAAUUGAGUACAGUUUUUCCAGUCCAACAGACAUUUGCAAGCUAGAUUUUUGCAGUUCCUUGUAACUCUUGUGAGGUUCUUGACUUCAGGUAAGUGGGACAAAAUAAAAAAAUUCACUCCCACUUGGACGUUUUUGGUUUUUAACUGACAAAAAAAUCCUAAUUACAUCCAAAUUAAUUUAAUGUUGUAAAACAAUAAACAUAAAGAUACUUAAAUGUUACAAUGAAAAGAAAUCUCUAGCAACUGAUCUAAAUUGAAUGUAAAUAUAAAAUACAAACUCAUUGACAAUGUAAUUGUUACUUUCUUCUUCCUCAAACUAAUGAAAUUAACAGCAAUUUAAGUCUUCACUCAGACUUACCCGUUCCAAUACUUGGAUUAAAAAAAAAGUAAAUGAGCAGCGAUGGGUAAAUCAUUUGGGCAACAGUUGCUCUAUGUAGUGUCUUCAAUCUCAACCCUUGAACCCUGUAACUCAGCCAGUGUCUUCUCAUACAGGUACAUUUAUUUAUUUAUUUUUUUACAUAUUUACAGCUGUGCCCUGAUUGACCUGUCUGUUUUGCUACUUUAAUAGAACCAUGGGCACAAGGUUUUGGAAUGUUCCUUUUACUUAUAUCUUUGCUAGGAAAAUGACUAACCAGCUGUUGUGUCAGAGAUGACAAUAAUUUAUUUUGUGUUUCUUAUUUAUCUAAAUGCAGAGACUUCUGUUCUAUUGAACAAUCAUUCCACUGUGAUUUAAUAUUUAAAGAAUUACGGAAAAGAAGUCAAGGGAGGUCAUUUUAUUGCCACUGUGCAAAGAAUACCUUGUGCGUGCAGGGUGUGCCCUGUCUAAGAGCACCAAGCAUCUUCCCACGUUACUGUAGGAUGAUAAUGCUGCAUAGCAAAGCUGUCUAAUAAAGUUUUAAGAGGCCAAAGGGCAAUGAAAGUUGGAGCCACGGUGCAAUCACAUUUCACUUUUCAGAAUCAUUCUCUUUUUAUAUGCAUGUUCUUCUGAACACUGACGCCAUAAAACAUCAAGUAUGGGUUAAUUUUUUAUUUUUUAUUCCCUCCCAACUUUUUUUGGCUGUAGCAGGGUCGGCAUAAAGAGCAGUGAGCUGGACAGUUCUUCCCACUUUUGCCAUCAUCUUCUUGGAUGUCGGAGAAACUGGAGUAGUCUUGUGGAAUCUAAGAAUUACAAGCUCUGAGGAAACUCUCCUCCAGUCUCCUUUCAAAUUAGGCGCCACUGACGGAUCAUUCUCUUCUCCCAAUACAUUGUCCACAAUGACCAUAUUCAAGGCAAUAACUGCAGUGCCUAAUGCCUGCGACACUGUUGCCACAAUCUGUUCAGGCUCAAACUGCCUUGUUCCUCCCGGUGACUUUAAUGCAAUACUGGGCCUGGUGUUGAGUACAGUGCUCACCGUAAUGCUUGCCAUGGUCAUGUUUUCUAUGGGUUGCACUGUGGAUGCCGAAAAGCUGUGGGGCCAUAUCAAGAAACCCUGGGGCAUCAUCAUCGGCUUCCUCUGCCAGUUUGGCAUCAUGCCUUUCACAGCCUUUGCCUUGUCACUGGCCUUCGGCGUGCUGCCUGUGCAGGCCGUUGUCAUCAUCAUUAUGGGCUGCUGUCCUGGAGGUUCCGGCUCCAACAUUAUCUGCUACUGGCUGGAUGGAGACAUGGACCUAAGUAUCAGUAUGACAGCCUGUUCCUCUAUCCUGGCCUUGGGAAUGAUGCCUCUUUGUCUGCUCAUUUACACCUCCAUCUGGACUUCCAACAGCACAAUUCAGAUCCCAUAUGACAGUAUAGGUAUCACUCUAGUGGCCCUUCUUAUCCCAAUUGCUGUGGGAAUAUAUGUUAAACACAAGUGGCCUCUCGUAGCAAAAAAGAUCCUCAAGGUAGGGUCCAUUGCAGGAUUUGCUCUCAUUCUCAUCAUAGCUGUGGUUGGAGGAAUUCUUUACCAGUCCUCCUGGAACAUUGCUCCCUCCCUUUGGAUCAUUGGAACUAUCUACCCCUUUGUUGGUUUCAGCCUGGGGUUCUUCCUGGCCCGCUUUGCAGGUCAACCCUGGUUCAGGUGUCGAACCAUUGCAUUGGAAACAGGUUUCCAGAACUCCCAGCUGUGCAGCACCAUUGUCCAGCUGUCUUUCAGCCCUGCUGAGCUGGAGGUCAUGUUUGCGUUCCCCCUAAUCUACAGCAUCUUCCAGCUAGUGGUGGCAGUCAUAUGUGUGGGAGGAUACCAGGCAUAUAAAAAGUCAUGUCGCCGUAGUUCAGAAGAUGCAAACAGUGAAGCUCCAUCCCUGGAAGCUGGCGACGGUGAACCAUCAAAAGGGAAGGACUAUGCUGUGGAAAAUAGUGCCUUUGAGUUGGAUGAGAAUGGCAACAGCGAAGAGAAGGGUGGGGAUAUUAACAGGAACACCCAGUUCUGAAAUUACAGACCUGCACACAGACUCCCGACUAUCAGUAUUAACAUUCAGGGCCACAGCUCUACAGAAAACAGCAGGCUAACUUAACUGAACACACAGUGCACUCUGCAGGCCAAAGGUGUGCACUACAGACACUGUUCUUAUCAGUUUUGGACAGUUUAGCAAAAACACCAAUGCCCAAAUGUCUUUCCUGGUAUGUCUAAAAUUAACUUCAAGGAGGGCAGUGACUAACGUAACAUAAUACAUUGCAUUGUAUAAUGUUGUAUUGUAUUAUAUUAAGAUAUGAGGCCCUCCUUUUCCUUAAUUUAUUAAUAUAUAGUUAUUUAAAACAACUUUGCUCUGUACGUUCUGUCAGAAUGCCUGUUGUGCAUGAUCAACACAUUUACUUGUAUCUAUUUAUAUGUCUUAUCAAUAAUUCAAACAAAAUAUUUAAUGCUGUUUAUGUGGAUUACUCAGAUAUCCAUAUACAUAUAUUUACUGUAGUUUGUGCUGAAUGGUGUAAUAUAAAACUGAACUGAGAACUGAGAUUUAUUUUGUCACAAUAUAAACGGUGAUAGAGUGAAAUUAAGUUUGUUUAGAAUGCUCUCGUGACAAUCAUAAUGUAGCUGAUAAGAAACAGACGUGACGAAGUGUCACAUGGGGACAGCCAGUGUUUCACAGUUUUCAUACCCACUGUAUAAUAUAUAUAAUGAUAUAAUAUAAAUGUUGAAAAAAAUAAAAGGUUUAUUUAUUUUUUAUCCUUAUUGUGUUUUCUACCCGCGACCCUGUACGCAGAAGAAGCGGUUGACGAUGGAUGGAUUGUGUUUUCUGGUGUAGCAGAUGAAGUCAGUGGUUGUUACAGACCAGCUUUGGCGCUUGGGCCCUGAUACAAACUUCUGUUGUGUGUUCUCUGUUCUAGUACUUGUAGAUUUAUAGAAGUAAGAACAGGACUUCAUGUUUUGAGACUCAUGAAAUGCUGUGUUUUUCUGAGAAUGACCGAUUCUUAGCAUUUUAAACCAAGAAAGGUAGUGGUUUUAAAUAUCUGUCCAAAUGGAAGAAACAGGGAUACGUUCAUCACAGUAUAUUUAUAACUAAUUUAUUAGUCCUCUGUAGUGUGUAAAUGUGAAAAACACAGACUUCAAAAUUCAAAUGCAUAUUUCACAAUACUUGAUUGCUAUUCUUCUAUUUUAAUUUCAGUAGUUCAUCUCUGUGCUUCCCUAUUUACCCCUUUUAUUUUGGAAAUGUGCCCUGUGAAAUAAUGUAUUUUAUCAAUUAACUUUAACAUUUUUGUUGUCUGUUUUGAUAUGAAUAAAACUACUAGUUUUCAACUCAGUAAACAUAUUAAUGUUGUAAACUACGCCUUU